GCCCAGUGGUUUCACAUCCCUGACUAACUGGCUUGCCGUUGGCUAUCUCUAUCGACUAAGCCGGCGUGACUCUCCGGCAAAAGUAAUCAAUUGUUAGCUGUUGUAUCAUGUUUUGAAGCUCUUAUAUUCUAUUCUGUUGCUAAAGUAACCCUAAUAAUUAUUUCAUAAAUUAAAAAAAAAAAAAGUAAAAAAUGAGGAGGGGAAUAUUAUUUACAAAUUCAGCUAAAAAACCCAUCUCUCAUUUUCAGUGGAAUCCUUGUUUCUCCUCAUCAUCAGAUGCGUUCUUUGGAGCAGGGUCCGUGAACAAUGUUAAACGCCAUUUAAUUGCUGAAGAUUCAAAAGAAGAUUUAUCAGUGAAUGGGAUUCCGACUCCACACAGACGGAGAAACUUAAAGGGCUCAUUCGCCUCGACAUCAAAAACACGUCUUUCUUCAGAGGAGGAUAGCCGAUGGCAAGGGCUCAUUCGCCUUGACAGCAAGUCUGGAGGGACUUCCAAUGAACCCCAUGAUGAGUUUUCAAGUGAUGUUGAGAAGAUUUAUAGGAUCUUAAGGAAAUUUCACUCGCGGGUUCCAAAAUUGGAACUUGCUUUACAGGGAUCCGGUGUUACAGUUCGCUCAGGAUUAACCGAACGUGUAUUGAACCGCUGUGGCGAUGCAGGAAACUUGGGAUACAGGUUCUUUGCUUGGGCAUCAAAACAGCCUGGUUAUAGUCACAACCAUGAUGUAUAUAAAUCGAUGAUUAAAAGUUUAGGGAAAAUGAGGCAGUUUGGUGCAGUUUGGGCUCUGAUCGAUGAAAUGAGAAGAGAAAACCCACAACUUAUUACACCCCAGGUGUUUGUUGUUUUGAUUAGGAGGUUUGCCUCUGCUAGAAUGGUUAAAAAAGCAGUUGAAGUUCUGGACGAAAUGCCUAAGUACGGGUGUGAGCCUGAUGAAUAUGUGUUUGGGUGUUUAUUAGAUGCAUUGUGUAAAAAUGGUAGCAUCAAAGAAGCCGCUUUACUUUUUGAGGAUAUGAGAGUGCGGUUUCCACCAACAAUAAAACAUUUCACUUCACUGUUAUAUGGUUGGUGUAAAGAAGGUAAGCUUAUGGAGGCCAAGUUCGUGUUGGUGCAGAUGAGAGAGGCUGGAUUUGAACCUGACAUUGUUGUUUACAACAAUUUGCUUAAUGGGUAUGCCGUGGCAGGGAAGAUGGUGGAUGCUUUCGAUCUUUUGCAAGAAAUGCGGCGAAAAGGUUGUGUUCCAAAUGCAACUUCUUUCACCAUUUUGAUACAAGCCCUUUGUGGUCAAGAUAAAAUGGAGAACGCAAUGCAGGUUUUCUUGGACAUGGAGAGACAUAACUGUGAGGCAGAUGUUGUUACAUACACUACGUUAAUAAGCGGCUUUUGUAAAUGGGGAAAAACUGGAAAGGGGUAUGAACUAUUAGAUCACAUGAUACAAAGAGGGCAUAGUCCAAAUCAGACGACUUAUCUGCAUAUUAUGAAUGCUCACGAAAAGAAAGAUGAAUUGGACGAAUGCUUAGAACUUCUGAAUGAGAUGCAAAAGAUUGGCUGUUUUCCAGAUCUUAGUAUUUACAAUACAGUUAUUCGGUUAGCAUUUAAGUUAGGCGAGGUUAAAGAAGGCGUUCGAGUCUGGAACCAGAUCGAAGCAAAUGGGCUAAGUCCGGGACUUGACAAUUUUGUGAAUAUGAUUCAUGGCCUUAUUGAUCAAGAAUCUUUAGUUGAAGCUUGUGAGUACUUUAAAGAGAUGGUUGAUAGAGGUCUUUUUUCUACCCCUCAGUAUGGCCUUUUGAAAGAUCUACUAAAUUCCUUAUUAAGAGGCGAAAAGCUCGAAUUAAGCAAAGAUGUAUGGAGUUGUAUAAUUAAUAAAGGGUGUGACCUUAAUGUGUAUGCUUGGACAAUUUGGAUUCAUGCUCUUUUUUCUAAAGGGCAUGUAAAGGAAGCUUGUUCUUACUGUUUGGAUAUGAUGGAUGCUGGUUUGAUGCCACAGCCCGAUACCUUUGCUAAGCUUAUGAAAGGUUUGAGAAAACUAUAUAAUAGACAGAUUGCUGCUGAAAUUACAGAAAAGGUGAGGUUGAUGGCUGCCGAAAGGAAUAUAACUUUUAAAAUGUAUAAGAGGCGAGGAGAAAGGGACUUGAAAGAGAAAGUUAAGGCUAAAAACGAUGGAAGGAAAAGAAGGAACCGUAGACGCCAAUGGGGCCAUUCUAAAGCUGGCAGUGUUUGAUUUCAUUUAGAGUAGUCGCAGGAAAUUGCAAUGUGAGUCUUUUAUAGGUAUAGAUACACUUCGUAAUGAUGCAUACGAUUUUGACACAGUUGUAGAAUUAUAAGUAAUUUUGUUGCAAAUCUAGCGUGUAGUGUGUACAUUGCUUUAUUAUCAUGGUUACCAGUUUACCCCUGUA